AUGGAUUCAGAAACUGGUAACAAAUGGAAGAAGGACUGUUUCUUUAUCUAUUCGCUGUUCACUGACGCUGAGGAUUAUCGCAUCCCCUAUCUUCUUUCUUUCUUUCUUUCUUUCUCUCGCCUGCCUUCUUUCUUUCUUUUUUUCUUUCCUUUUUUCUUUCUUUCACUUCUUUUCUUUCUCCUUUUUUGUUCCUUCUCUUUUUCAUUUUGCUUUCAUUUUUCUUUCUUUCUUUCUUUCUUUCUUUCUUUCACUUAUGUCUUUCUACUUUUUGACUUUCUUUCUGUUUCAAACUUUCCUUUUCACUCCCUUUUUUCCUCUUUUUUCUCCCUUUUUCCUUUCAGCGUUCAUUCGUUGUCGUUCCCGUUUUUCUCAUUCAAAAUUUUUUUCUAUCUCUUUUCUCAUUUCUUUCUUUCUUUCUUUCUUUUUUUCUUUCUUUCUUUGUCUUACGCCAGUUUUCUCUUUUUCAGUCUUUCAUUAUAUCUAGAUUUUCAUUUACUUCUUGUAGCCUUAUAUUUUCUUCUUAUUUCAUUCAUAAUUUCUUUCUUCCUUUAUUUCUGUAAUUCUUUUGUUCUUCUUUUUAAGUUUUCUGGUUUUUCCUUCCUUCAUUCUUUCGUUCCUUACUUCCUUCGUUCCUUCGUUCCUUCCUUCCUUCGUUCCUUCGUUUCCUUCCUUCCUUCCUUCGUUACUUACUUCCUUCCUUCCUUCGUUCCUUACUUCCUUCGUUCCUUCGUUCGUUCCUUCCUUCCUUCGUUCCUUCGUUCCUUCCUUCCUUCGUUUCUUCCUUCCUUCCUUCGUUCCUUACUUCCUUCCUUCCUUCGUUCCUUACUUCCUUCGUCCCUCCCUUCCUUCCUUCCUUCCUUCGUUCCUUCCUUCCUUCGUUCCUUACUUCCUUCGUUCCUUCCUUCCUUCGUUACUUACUUCCUUCGUUCCAUCGUUCGUUCCUUACUUCCUUCCUUCCUUCGUUCCUUACUUCCUUCCCUCCUUCGUUCCUUACUUCCUUCCUUCGUUCCUUCCUUCCUUACUUCCUUCGUUCCUUCCUUCCUUCCUUCCUUCGUUCCUUCCUUCCUUCCUUCCUUCCUUCCUUACUUACUUCCUUCGUUCCUUCGUUCCUUCCUUCGUUUUUUCCUUCGAUCCUUCCUUCCUUCGUUCCUUACUUCCUUCCUUCCUUCGCCCCUUACUUCCUUCGUUCCUUACUUCCUUCGUUCCUUACUUCCUUCGUUCCUUCUUCCUUCCUUCGUUCCUUCGUUCCUGCCUUCGUUCCUUCCUUCGUUCCUUCCUUCGUUCCUUCGUUCCUUCCUUCCUUCCUUCGUUCCUUCGUUCCUUCGUUCCUUCGUUCCUUUCCUUCGUUCCUUCGUUACUUUCCUUCGUUCCUUCGUUCCUUCCUUCCUUCGUUACUUCCUUCCUUCCUUCCUUCGUUCCUUACUUCCUUCGUUCCUUCGUUCCUUCCUUCCUUCGUUCGUUCCCUCCUUCCUUUCGUUCGUUCCUUCCUUCGUUCCUUACUUCCUUCCUUCCUUCGUUCCUUACUUCUUUCCUUCCUUCGUUCCUUCGUUCGUUCCUUCGUUCGUUCCUUCCUUCCUUCGUUCCUCCCUUCAUUCCUUCCUUCGUUCCUUCGUUCCUUCCUUCCCUCCCUUCCUUCCCUCCCUUCAUUCGUUCCUUCCUUCCUUCCCUCCUUCCUUCCUUCGUUCCUUCGUUCCUUCGUUCGUUCGUUCCUUCCCUCCCUUCCUUCGUUUCUUCGUUCCUUCCCUCCUUCCUUCGUUCCUUCCCCCCCCUUCCUUCGUUCCUUCCCCCCUUCCUUCGUUCCUUCGUUCCUUCCUUCCCUCCUUCCUUCCUUCGUUCGUUCCUUCCUUCGUUCCUUCCUUCCCUCCUUCAUUCCUACCUUCCUUCCUUCGUUCCUUCCUUCCUUCCUCCAUUUCAUUUUUUUUUUCCGUAGCGACACAGAAGCAAGUAAUCUAUCUAUCUAUCUAUCUAUCUAUCUAUCUAUCUAUCUAUCUAUCUAUCUAUCUAAAUUAUUCAUAUCUAUCUAUCUAUCUAUCUAUCUAUCUAUCUAUCUAUCUAUUUAAAUUAUUCAUAUCUAUCUAUCUAUCUAUCUAUCUAUCUAAAAUAUUCAUAUCUAUCUAUCUAUCUAUCUAUCUAUCUAUCUAUCUAUCUAUCUAUCUAUCUAUCUAUCUACGUCUCUUAAUAAAUUUUGUCAUUCGACAUAUAUCCUAUCCUAAUCUAUUUUAUUUUUCUGCCAUCUAUCUAUCUAUCUAUCUAUCUAUCUAUCUAUCUAUCUAUCUAUCUAUCUAUCUCAUUCUGUCCAUAUCUAUCUAUCUAUCUAUCUAUCUAUCUAUCUAUCUAUCUAUCUGUCUGUCUCAUUCUGUCCAUAUCUAUCUAUCUAUCUAUCUAUCUAUCUAUCUAUCUAUCUAUCUAUCUAUCUGUCUCAUUCUGUCCAUAUCUAUCUAUCUAUCUAUCUAUCCAUCUAUCUAUCAUCUAUCUAUCUAUCUCAUUCUGUCCAUAUUCUAUCUAUCUAUCUAUCCAUCUAUCUAUCUAUCUAUCUAUCUAUCUAUCUAUCUCUUUGUCCCAUUCUGUCCAUCUAUCUAUCUAUCAUCUAUCUAUCUAUCUAUCUAUCUAUCUAUCUAUCUAUCUCAUUGUGUCCAUAUCUAUCUAUCUAUCUAUCUGUCUGUCUCAUUCUGUCCAUAUCUAUCUAUCUAUCUAUCUAUCUAUCUAUCUAUCUAUCUAUCUAUCUAUCUAUCUAUCUCAUUGUGUCCAUAUCUAUCUAUCUAUCUGUCUGUCUCAUUCUGUCCAUAUCUAUCUAUCUAUCUAUCUAUCUAUCUAUCUAUCUAUCUAUCUAUCUAUCUAUCUAUCUAUCUGUCUCAUUCUGUCCAUAUCUAUCUAUCUAUCUAUCUAUCUAUCUAUCUAUCUAUCUCAUAUCUGUCCAUAUCUAUCUAUCUAUCUAUCUAUCUAUCUAUCUAUCUAUCUAUCUAUCUAUCUAUCCUGCCAACCAUUAUCCGUGAGAGAUCUAUUUUUGUUAUUUCGAUUAAUCUAUCUAUCUAUCUAUCUAUCUAUCUAUCUAUCUAUCUAUCUAUCUCUAUCUAUCUAUCUUUCUAUCUAUCUAUCUCAGCUUGUUCCUAUCUAAGUCUGCUCACAUUAUCUAUCUAUCUAUCUAUCUAUCAAUGA